CUCAUGACCCCAAAUACCUAACCCCCAAAUUAGUUCUUCAUUUCAUCAAUGGUGAAAAGAAUCAUGGCGAUUGAAGAUGGACUCAGUGAUUUUCCUGAGGCAAUUCUAGUUCACAUUCUUUCUAUGUUGCCGGACGGUAAAGAAAUAGUGAGAAGUAGUGUGUUAGCUAAGCGAUGGAGGUAUCUUUGGAGGUCUGUUCCAAUAUCCCUGGAUUUUAGCCACCCUGAGAAUGCUUAUUUUGGUCGCCCUGAGUUGGGGGAAUUGGAGAUUUUCGAUUUCGUGAAUUCCAUCCAUAGGGAGCUUCUGUAUUGGGGGUCUGGUCAGAAAAUCAGAAAAUUUAAGAUGGCUGUCAAUUUUUCUGCUCCGGAUAGGUUCGAUAAAGAUAUCGAUUUGUGGGUUUAUUUUGCGAUGAAGAAAGCUAAUGUUGAGGAUCUUACUUUUGAGUGUUUUUCUGGAUACAAGUUACCUCAGUUUGCGUUUGAGAGUCCGUUGGUGAGGAAUUUGAAUUUUCAGUACUGUAAGAUGAAAUUGGAACCUUCCGUUAAUGUGAACUGGAGAAAUCUAGUAUCUCUAUCAGUUGGAUAUGUGAAACUGACUGAGGGUGUCAUGAGAAAAAUAUUGUCGGGUUGUCCUAACUUAGAGUGCUUGCUAUUGGACUUCGUUUGGGGCUUUGAUCGUCUUGAAAUCAGCAAUGUGAAGUUGAAAAAGUUGACCCUAAACAGCUAUGAAACUAGUGACGGUGAUGUUUGGCUUGAAAUAUUAGCUCCGCAUAUUCAAAGUUUGGUACUUUUGGGGUAUUCCAGUGGGAUACGCUUGGAAAAUGUGGCUUCACUUGUCACUGCAUUCUUUCGUAUAGAUUUUAUGUUUGAUUUUGGAGAGGUAGAAAUAUUGGACCAGCGUGAGAUUAGUUGUCUGAAGGAACUUCUUCACAGCGUUGCCCAUGUCAAGAAUCUGGAAUUGAGUCACUGGUGCAUUGAGUGCAUGUCCAAACUGGCAUUGGAAGGCUUCCAGUAUCAACCAUCGAGCUCAAGAUUCUUAAAACUUCACACAAACAAUGAAGAGUUGGACCUACCAGGAAUUUGCAGCGUUAUACAGAAUUCAUCAAAUAUUGAGACAUUGAUCAUUGACUGGCACCAUCAAGAUCGAGGAUACUUAUAUGCUUAUUCUUUUAAGGAUAACGAAAGGCAAAAUUGGACAUUUGAGACACAUAAAUUUAACUGCCCAUUGCUACAUCUGAAGACUAUCAAGUUCAUUAAUUUGGUUGGACCAUUAAGUGUAAAUAAGUUUGUUCUUCCAUUGGUUAAAUAUUUGCUUGAGAAUGCAAUCGUGCUAGAAAAGUUCGAAAUAGCUGCCAGAUGCAACGAGAUUGCUGUGUGUCUUGAUCAGAUUAGAAUUGAACAAAAGCUCUUGAGCUUUCCAAGAUCCUCUUCGCAUGCUUCAGUUACCUUCACCAAUCAAAGAGCUCAGCUUUGUCAAAAGUGAAAAUGCAUAGCAAAAUCACAACAAUGGAAGACUAAAUAAGUGAUUUUCCCAAGUUCAUCGGAUCUCGAGACAUUCGUGGUUGACCAGUGCUAUCACAGACCAAUGGUACUAGCUGAUCAGAGGAAAUGCCAAUGGAAUUGAUGAUGGAUGCAAAUGAGUGAAGAUGUUGACAAAUGGGUGCAUUUUGCUACUAAACUUACUAAUGUUGAAGAUUUUACUCUUCAAAAUUAUGGAGUAGUCUAGUUUCUCUUUCAAUUGGUCUAGUUACACAUCCGUUCAACAUUAGCUGGUUUAGUUGCAGAAUAUUCUCGUAAACGUCUAAGCGCUAGUGGUUUCUUUGGAUGUUUAUUCUACUAUCACUCGAUUUCACCUUCCCCAGUAAUGAAAAUCAAAAUGGUGCUGUUGAUCACCAGAAAAUCCAGAAUUUCAGGUAUGAGAAGUGUUAUUUGUUGAUUUAUGGAAACAGUUUUCUACUCAACUUGCUACUGUAAAGAUUUUACACUUGCACUUUUCUGCAUAAAUGACUACAGGUACGAGUUUCCUCAGUUUGCAUAUAAACAUUCAUUGUUGCGGAAUCUGGUUUUAUGACAUUGUCAACUGAACCCUUGUGGUAGGUUAAUGGAGUUAUCUCGUUGAACAGAAGAUUGAACUGAAUCUUCGAGGAUGAGCUAUGAGAAUAAAGAGUUUUCAAAUGGACAGAACAACAUUAAAAAUUUGAGUUGAUUUAUAAUUAUGUAGUUUUCCAAAGUUCUUAAAGUUCAUUGUUGGAUAAUAGCUCUCUGUUUAUAUACUGCAUUUUGCAUCCUCUGAAUGUUGUUGAAUGAAGUUCUGCUUUUUCCUCAUUCAAAGAAAACGUCAUCUUUGAAUUUUUAAACCAACCUAGGACACUUUUAUGUGGAAAAACGUGGUCUUUUAGUCCAAGUUACUUUUACAAAGUAUUCACAAUUUUCAUGGCAUUUGUUAAGUAUGUUGCAUUUCUUUGUUUUCACAUAAUUGGUUUAUAAGUGCCUGUCUAUACUAGUGUUGAAAGGGUGGUGGUCUCCACCAUCUAGCUGGAAAGUUUUACUACUUAAUACAGCCACAGUACUGUUGGGCGUCCCUGGAUUGACAGCUUUCUAUAGAUCUUGAGACGGUGAUUGAACGGAAACCAAGAGUACUAGCUAAAUGCCAAUGGAAUUAGUGGUGGAUGCAAAUCGGUUGAGAUGUUUGUAUUGUAGCAUCUUGUGUGGCUCCCUGAGUGACUAUGAUCAGACAUGGCUUGCUCCGGAGGACAGAGGGCCACUACUUCAGAACAAGAGGACACAUAUCAAACAACUCUUUGAAACAAUGGUCAGACACCCCUUUUUCCAUUGACUCUAUUUGUUUUAAUCUUGAACAAGUCUGAUCUGUUUGAGGAGACGGUUGCUCGUGUAUCAUUGGACUCUUAUGAGUGAGUCAGCAAUUUCUGUCUAGUGUGGGACCAUAGUAACCAUUCGCAAUGAAGUUUAAAGACCUCUAUGCUAUUUGUGUGGCAAGCUCGGGCAAUAGACAGAGUGACAGCUGAUGAGGUGUUCAAGUAUGUUUGUUUGGUUGUGAAGUGGAACGAGAAAAAGGAAGAGACGUACUAUGCCACAUAAUGAUAUCACCAUGACCUAGUGGGGCUACAUAUGCCAAAUAAUGAUAUCACCAGAAGAGUUCCUCACUAUAUGCCACCUGGUCUACGUCGUCCUUGUCUUCAACUGCCAACCCUGUUUAGAUCAGCUCUUGGAAAGUGUAGUUCAGAUUCUGGAAAUGUAAUUUGAAAGCGUAGUUUAGAUUCUGGAAAGCGUCCUUGUCUACCUACAUUUGGUUGAUCUUUUAUUCCUACAAGGGAGUUCUCUUCUUUUGGUUACAAAUUUCUUGAAAGACAUACGGUGAUGACCUUCAGUUCCUAUACAUGACAGUUUAAUGCUUCUUUGGUUAACAGACAGAAAACCUAAUAUAAUCAAAGCAAGAAACAGUGCUCAUGACAUAUUCCAGCAGAACUCGGAAGGUAAGUAUGUUUGGAUGAGAGUAUCAAUGUGAUUUUCAGUAUAAAAGCAUGGUCAGGAUUCAACAAUAUGUAUUGAAAUCACAAAACAUUAAGAACAAGAUGGUUAAGAGAAUGAACACAUUGUCGUUUACUACUAAUACCUCCUUGGAUACAGGCAAGUGCAAUCCAAGUCUUGUCUAUCAGCUCAAUCCAGUUUCAAACAUAAAGUCACAGAUGAAGAGGAUCUUGGAAAGUGCAGGAACUCCUCUACUAUUUCGACAUACGCAUCACUGCUUUUGCUUCUGGGAACAAUGACAAAUUUUUCUAGCACACUUGCAUGCUUGAGCAAAUAUUCAACAAACGGCAGCAUGGACCCAGAAAAGUCCAGGAUCUCGAUGGUCCUCAGAUGUCGAAAUGAGCCACUAAAAUCAUGUCUCUCAAACCUCUUGAUCUGUUCAUCCUCACUCGUGUAACGUAACAGCUGGGCCUGUAGGAAAGAGAUCUGCUAUCUUAGAUAGAAGAAGCAGGAAGCCAAGGAGUUGUUGAUUGUGGAUAAAAUAAAAAGGUGGAACAUCUCAGUGCUUGGCAAAUGAAAAAGGAAUAACAAGCACACAGCUGCAACAGAUUUAGCAAAAAUCAUGAACUUCUGAUACAAGAAAAACAGAUUCUGAAGAAAAAAUUAUGACUGAAGCUAUUAAUACAACAGGGACAGCUGUUUUCGACUACUCGUUUCAUAUCUUGAAGGAAGAGUGAGCUUUAAGUUAUUGAAA